AUGCACACUAUACGCGAAUUUCACUCGCCACGCAAACAAGAAUCUUAUCGCCUCGAGGAACAUGUGCUGCUCGCUAUCGUGAGGAUCUCUGGCCCUUGCGCUUCCGCGAGCGGGCAGCCUGCGCCCUUCUGCUUACCAUGCUCAGCCCUCCGCCGCAGUCCCAAUACUGGUUUCGCAUCGUGAUGGCUGCCAAGUGGCGCCAUCUCGAGGCACCUGUCGAUAGAGUCCUGGCUCACAUUGAGACUUACAAGACCUUUCCAUGGCUUCGAAAGGAGAUUCAAUCACUUGAGGUGGGCGGGAAUUAUCCCAUGUGCAAUUUUGCCAAUCACACUUGGGGCUAUUACUUCACUGCAACAAUGUUGGACCCCGGCGUCCGAUUUGUGCCCCCCUUACAAGAGAGGAUUUUCAUGGAUCUACGACGCAUCUUGCGCGUGCCCUUCCGGGGCGGGAGCAGCGGCGACCCCUCACAUCCGGAUGGUCUCAAGGUGGAUAAAGAUCAGUACAAGCUGCAGAUGGCUGCACGACAAUCGGCGGGGAGUCCGCCAUGCAGGUGCGAGAUGUGUCAACGGAUCGACGAGCCUAAUUGGCCUUUUCCAGAGUCGCCGGACUUUUACGACGACGACGCCUUCACGGUCCGGGACCAGGCUUGCAGUGAUCCAGAGGUUUUUUGGGAUUUCAACGGACCGUAUGGGAGGGGUCCGGUCCCGGGAAUAAGCUGCUUCAGUGACUAUUGGAAGGCGGUGGAUGUUUUGCUUAGUCUGGUCAGACCUGAGCACCUACGCCUGGUCGACACAGCGUCACCAGUGCCCAAAUUUCUUGCGAGUGCCAUCGCUUCUCUGAGCUGUGUGAAGCGUCUUGACAUACAGGACACGAGACCGUACUAUUACGUUCCAGGUGAAGCACAUCAUAUGCCAGGCGAGGUGUGAGGGAUAGAAGCUGAUCGCUAGCUUUUCUGGCAUCCUCCAGCGCACUACACGAGGAUCAUCGCCAACAUAGAAGAACUCAGCAUUAGUCUAGAUUGGGUGGGUGAUGAAGUGGUCUGUGUGGAUCACUGGGAUGGUUGGCGGGACGAGGAAGAUGAUGUAGCGAUUUCGGACGAUCAGCGCGAGACUAGGGACGAGAAUGGAAACGAUUGCCACGAAGUGGCUUCCGGGGAUGACGAAGAUGCAGAAGAUGAAGACGAGUCUCGCGACGAGCGAGCCGAAUGGGUGCCUGAUUCGCUAGGCUACGUCAAUUCCACUCUAGACGCACAAGGCCGGCACACGUUGAAGCUGGAGACCUGGGGCGAGUCGCAACGCUUGAUCGACGAUGCCCCUCCAAACUCCUUGUCAGGUCGUCUGCUUGAGCUAGUCGAGUCCGGCGCCCGUCUUCGGCGGCUGACACUGCUUGACGCUGAAACAUGCGUAGCUUUGUUUAGCGCACGCCUUCUCCCCAUUUUCGCCACGCUCGACGCUGUCGACACAUUCAUCACCAAGCCGGGCAGUGCGCGAGAGUCGUCCGCCCUAGGUAUUCAAGAUCCAGGAGCUCAUCUAGCGUACACGAUACCUUUGAGCAGUCUACGAGUUGCAUUCCUAGCGCUCGCUCAUGACAGCGAUCCACCACGUGCACUUCGAGAGUCAGACGUUCACAAGGUAGCCGACCAACCCGACUUUUGGAUCUUGUCAGAAAACUUGCAUAAGAUGGCAAGUGCAAUAGUCCAAAAGUUCAACGAGCGCGAGAAUCUUCGGGGCGCAGGGCAUCCUGACACCGCCACCAAAGGGUAG